AUUGACAGGAUGAGAUGAACGAGCUCCUCCUGAACCUUCAUUUAGAGCCUCAUUUAAAUACAGAAUGAGUUCAUUUGCAUAUUGAUCAGAUGCUUCAGUGCUCUGAGAGUGUUUAUAGUGCUGUGAGUUUAACACUUCAUCACUGACACACACAACAAUCUUCAUCAACAUGACCUUCAUCAUCAUCUUCAUCUGGACUCUCACAGCGUUUGCUCAAGAGUGUAGAGGACAGAUCACCGUCACUCAGAGUCCCUCAAUGACAGCAGCUCAACCAGGACAAACUGUGAACAUCAACUGUAAAACCAGCACAGAUGUGCAGCGAUGGCCUAGUGGAGAUGAAUGUUUAGCCUGUGUCUCCAGUGGACGCAGACUGGCCGCUCCGUGUGGCCUCACAGCUCACCGAGACGCUCUUCAUCCACUCCUCCUCAGAGAGAGUCAGGCUGCUGCUCCAGCUGUACAGACCGUCCUUCUCCAGGAGCCCAGCGCUGCUCUCCUGAGACCUGCUGCUCCCGUCCACCUUCAGCUCAGGCUCCAGUCUGACGGGAAGCCCUUGUUGGCCACACACACCAGUGUCGCUGUGUUCAGAGAGGAGAUCUCUGCGCUGGAGGGCGGCAGGACGCUCACUUUAGGAGGAGUGACACCUGAGAGAAGCACAGAGAAAUCAGUUACCAGUGGCUUUCCAUUAGGAUUCAAGAGAAAACUAGGAGAAAUUCUCCAACAGCGAGAGAAACAACAUGAAGAAAACAGUCAAAGAAAAUCCCAUCAUUAUUCCUUUAACACAUUAAUGCUCACAAACUCCUACACAUGAAAAGAGAAAAUGUUCAGAAUUCAUUUCACAUUCUGGUAAAUAUGCUGAUUAAUUAUUAAAGCUG